AUGCCUACAAACAAAACUCAAAAAUGCUCAUCGUCAUCAUCAUCAUCAUUAUCAAAGUUUUUUUCUCGUAUUACACGUACUCUUUCAUUUACAUCAAAAAAAUCACAACAAACAUUUAAAAAUAAUACCAAAAAAGUUCAACCAACAGAAACUGUUAUCAAGAAUAUUAAUUUUGUACCACAAAGUGCACCUUUACUUCGCCGUCAAUUACCACAUUCUAUUGCAAAAAUUAUUUAUACUGAUAAUUGUGAAAAAGAAAAUUGUUAUCGAAAUAUACAUGUAGAAGUUAAUAUUGAAGAAGAAGAAGAUGAUGAUGAUUACCAUGUACGAUAUUCACUUCGACCAAAUUUAUCUCUUUUUAAUAUUAGUGCAGAAAAUCUUAAUUAUCAAUCUCAAGGAUUUAUACCGUCACAACAAGAUUGGCUCGAUGAUAUUUUUCAUUCAACAAAAAUUGAAGAAAAUUAA